AUGCCUUGGAACCCAUUUUCUGUCUGCGGGAUCCCUCACAGUGGUCCUGGCUCCUGUUGCGGCAUGACGAAAAAAGGCGAGCCAUGCAAGAACUCGAUCAAAGUUGAAGACACCAAGAUAGGCCAUCAAAAGUCGACCACUCUCGCCAGAGAGCCGUUUGACUUGUCACCGUUGCAGUCGAAGCUCUGUGAUGUCGCCAGAGACUUCCUCUGCACGAGAUGGCACCGGCAACGGCAGGCCGACCAAGUUGGCCAGCAGUGGUAUGAAGCAGCCGUCCGCAACCAGGCGCGAGUACCACAUGGCUCCAGAAUGGCCUCCUCAUCAGUCAUUGUACAUCCGGGCCAGCGUCAGACAUCUUCAGCCUCCAGGCGACGCCCUGCAGCAUCUGACAACACUGACCGGUCACCUCACGGGCUCAGACAAGACCCGCCGGUGCGCCUGUCAACCAACCCCGAGCCAGUGCAGCCAUUCAAUCCAUUUGUGACCUCCACAAUGCUGCGGACGAACAGUGUUCCAUGGCGCGUUUCGCCGGCCCAACCGGCUAUUCUGGCGUCGGUCGCUAAUAUCUGGGCUGGUUUCCAAGAAUUGACGCUCCAGAGUCUCACCCCGAGUGAAGAGGUCGACAGCAUCCACUGUGUGUUCUGCCUGACCGAGGAUGAAGACCAUGCAAAUGAGUGCGUGAUCUUGCGUUGCCAACAGUGCCGAGCGCUCUCUCAUCUAUCCUGCGCGGAAGAGUGGUUGGAUAGGCGAGAUACAGGAUCUGGCACGUCAUGCUGUGUGUGUCGAAACGACAGAGCCCUAGACGCCUUGAUUCGCCCUUUACCAAUCCCCUCGUCGGAUGCCGAGACACAUUCCGUCCACACGGCAAGCGAAUCGUCUCCCGCUGGUGGGCCCCGUCGCUCAGCCAGACUAGCAGGGGCCCACCUACCGCGAGACCCGUCCAUCUCUGCACCGCUUCGUCGGUCGGCACGACUCUCCACUCUG